AUGUGCAUCAUCUUCUUUAAGUUUGAUCCUCGCCCUGUUUCAAAAAAUGCAUACAGACUUAUCCUAGCAGCCAACAGAGAUGAAUUUUAUCACAGGCCGUCCAAACUAGCUGACUUUUGGGGGAACAACAAUGAGAUCCUCAGCGGGCUUGACAUGGAAGAGGGGAAGGAAGGCGGGUCGUGGCUUGGCAUGAGCACUCGGGGCAAGCUGGCAGCGCUCACCAACUACCUACAGCCUCGACUGGACAAGGACACCCGGGGCAGAGGCGAACUGGUCACCCACUUCCUGACCACCGACAUGGACAGCUUGUCUUACCUGAAAAAAGUUUCAGCGGAAGGGCACCUGUACAACGGCUUCAACCUGAUAGCAGCAGAUUUGAGCACGUCCAAGGGAGAUGUUGUCUGCUACUAUGGAAACCGUGGGCAGCCGGAGCCUGUUGUCCUGGCACCAGGCACCUACGGGCUGAGCAACGCGCUGCUGGACACGCCCUGGAGGAAGCUGAGCUUCGGGAAGCAGCUUUUCCAGGAGGUGGUGGAGCAGAGCCAGGCUCUGUCCAAGGAGGCCCUCAUCGCCGGGCUCCUCAAUGUGCUCAAUAACGAGGAGGCACAACUGCCAGACCCAGCUAUCGUGAAGCAGGGCCGAGAGUACGUUCAGCCCAUACUCAGCAAGUACGCGGCUGUGUGCGUGCGCUGCUCUGACUACGGCACCAGAACCAACACAGUCAUCCUCGUGGAUACGGAAGGCCAUGUGACCUUUACGGAGCGCAGCAUGGUGGACGAGGACCCCACCCGCUGGGAGACCAGCACCCACGAGUUCAGGCUCCAGACCUAA